UUCCGGUCCUCAUGUGAAGCUUCAUUAGUUGACCUUCCAACAGCUGACCGAGAUGUCCCGUCAGAGCAUGAGAGCCAACGACCCUAAAAAAGUGAGUGGGGAGCUGUUUACACUCACCUAUGGGUCGCUCGUUGCUCAGCUGCUGAAGGACUACGAGAACGUGGAUGAUGUGAAUCGCCAAUUGGAGAGAAUGGGCUACAACAUUGGGAUGAGGUUAAUUGAAGACUUCCUUGCCAGGGCCAAUCCCGGUAGAUGUUAUGACCUCAGAGACACAGCAGAUAAAAUUCAGCAAGCCUUCAAGUUGUACCUGGGAGUGUCACCAAGUAUAGGGAGCUGGAGUCCUGGUGGCGAUGAGUUUUCAGUGGUGCUGGAGACCAACCCAAUGGCCGAGUUCGUGGAGUUGCCCGACCACUGCCUUGGUUUGCGAUACUCAAACAUCAUGGCUGGAGUUAUUCGUGGGGCUUGUGAAAUGGUACAACUGGAAGUCAUGGCGUGGUUCAUUGCAGACCAAUUAAAAGGUGACAAUGUGACAGAAAUUCGGGUCAAGUUCGUCAAGAGAUUAGAAGAUGCCAUACCUGCUGGUGAAGACUGAAUUGAUCUUAAAAGAUGUUAUGUGUCAGAGUAUGAUGACCUUGUUAGAAUAUUUGACCUUACUAAAGAUUUAUAAGGUA